CCUUACCCGGACCGUAUUCACGCACCGCCUCGACCCCAAUAACUCCGUCAACAGCCGGACAACCAGAGCAGAACAGGCAAAAGCAAAAGCAGAAGCAGAAGCCCAAGGAUGGAAUACCUUCCAGACUCGAUCACGCAACACCUAACCACGACCUCCUUCUCGGCCCUGACCGCCCACCUCAACACAUCCUACCUGACCCCGGCGCUCGCGCACGUCCGCGCCGCCUACAUCGACCCCUACCUCGUGCGCCCGGCCGCCAGCUACCUCGCGUCGUCGGGCGGCGCCAUGCCCGACCUCCUCUCCGUCGCCCUCCUCCUGGUGAUCCUGUUCCUCUCGCUCAAGGUGCUCGACUACGCCCGCCGCGUCGUCAUGUUCUGGGUCGGCCUCGCCUGGUGGCUGCUCUGGUGGGCCUCCGUCAUCGGCGUCGGCGUUUGGCUGUAUACCAGCGGCGUCGAGCGCGCGGCCCGCGAUGUCGGGUGGUUGGUUGGCCUCGCGCGAGGGUUUCUGGGUAGGGUGUUUGAGGAUAUGGAGCGUGCGGGACGGCAGCAGCAGCAGCAGCAGCGUCAGGCUGGGGUCUUUGGGGGCAAUAAUGCUGGGUUUGGCGCGGGUGGUGGUGCUAGGGGUCACCAGGUUCCCCUCGGGAGGUACUGACCUCCCAGGGUUUUCCGCUAUUUUUUUUUUCUUUCAUUUCAUCUUGAUGCCCUUGGUAUGUUUGCCGAGUUGGGCGUUUGGCGUGAAGUCAAGUGACCCGGUGUGUGUACAUGUAUGCUAUGGUUAUUUAUAGUAUACUUUGUGCGUGUGGCUUGCGCUUCGUGCUGGAUUUCGGCCUUGCUUAGGUUAGAUUUCUUUGAAUCCCUAUUUUUAUUUACUAUUUUACUGUUGUGUGUGGUUUGUGUAAGUUGUG